AGGACUUUAAUUUUGUCGCGUGACGUGACUUCCGCCGACGGUCCGGUAGCAAGAUGGCGGCGGGCGGCAGCGGCGGAGAUGAAGCGUUUCAGACCUUCUACACAGAGGUGAAGCAGAUCGAGAAGAGAGACUCAGUGCUGACGUCCAAACAACAGAUCGAUAGGUUACUACGACCGGGAGCGUCAUACUUCAACCUCAACCCCUUUGAGGUUCUUCAGAUUGAUCCUGAAGCCACAGACGAGGAGCUGAAGAAGCGUUUUAGACAGCUGUCCAUCCUUGUCCAUCCAGACAAGAAUCAGGAUGAUGCAGAUCGAGCCCAGCAGGCCUUUGAAGCGGUGGAUAAGGCCUACAAGAUGUUGCUGGAGCCGGAGCAUAAAAAGAAGGCACUGGAUGUGAUCCAAGCAGGGAAGGAGUACGUGGAGCACAUGAUGAUCCAAAAGAAGAAGCAGCUAAAGAAGGACGGAAAGUCCACAGUGGUGGAGGAAGACGACCCUGAAAUGUUCCGGCAGGCCGUUUAUAAACAGACCAUGAAGCUCUUUGCGGAGCUGGAGAUCAAGAGGAAAGAACGAGAAGCUAAGGAGAUGCAUGAACGGAAGAGACAGAGAGAAGAAGAGAUCGAGACUCAGGAGCGCGCCAAGAGAGAAAGAGAGUGGCAGAAGAACUUCGAGGAGACACGUGAUGGACGUGUGGACAGCUGGAGGAGUUUCCAGGCUAAAGGAAAGACUAAGAAAGAAAAGAAGAACCGCACGUUCCUCAAACCGCCCAAAGUCAAGAUGGAGCAGCGCGAGUGAGACGUUCUCGAGACAUUCUUGAGACUCUGUACAGAUGAUGAAGAUCCUGAGCCUCAGUCCUCGUGUCCAUUAACAGAGACCUUUCUUCAGCUCUGAUUCCUCAUACCCUGGGUUCCUUCUGCAAAUAAACAUCUGUUUGUAGAUAUUUCGUUCUAGUUUUUAUAUUGUACACAGUUACACCUUUGUUUUUGUCUGAUGUAUGAGUUUCAUGUUAUUCAGCUGUUUGUUUGUGAGAGGAAGAAUUUUAAUAUUAAAUGGAUGAAUCUGAA